UUCUGCAGAGUUCCAGUGGUAACACAGACUGGCAAACAAAAUGUUGCGUGGAUUGACGCUGAAUGGGGAUCAAUCAUAACUGUAGUUUCUACGAAUUUAGCGUUUAAAUGACGUGCGCGGGCACCAUGUUGCGGGAAUUAUGGCAGGGACUGCACAGUUCUACUUUAUUCACGAAUGUCUAUUUUGUGGCCUUGGUCGUUUUCUUGGCGGUUUACUAUGUAUUGCACAAGCUAAGAACUCCAGAUUUUUCCAACAUUCCUCCCGGUCCAAAACCCUGGCCAUUCAUUGGCAAUUUUGGACAGUUUUUGAUACCAAGUUUCAUUUCAAAGAGGUUCAGAGGGCGCCGUGGAAAACAUGACCAAACAAAACCUGUCUCCUUAUCGCCGCAAGUUUUUCUAAUGGAACUGUCAAAAUACUACGGCAAUAUAUACAGCCUUUUCAUCGGUAACCAACUAAUAGUUGUGCUAACAGGCUAUGAAGUCGUCAGGGACGCCCUCUCCAAUCGAGCGGACGUGUUUUCGGACAGACCAGAUGUUCCUGUCGUGACAAUAAUGACAAAGCGUAAAGGUAUAGUGUUUGCACCCUAUGGCGCGGUGUGGCGGCAGCAGCGCAAGUUCUGCCACGCAACGUUGCGGAGCUUCGGCCUGGGCAGGCUGAGCCUGGAGCCAUGUAUUCUGGAGGAGCUUGCAGUCGUAAAAGCAGAGCUGCUGAACGCCUGCGGCGAGGCGGCGGCUGCGACCGUUGACCCGGCGCCGCUCAUCAGCAACGCCGUGUCCAACGUGAUCUCCUCCAUCAGCUUCGGCCAGCGCUUUCAGCCCGGGGACCGCGAGUUCCGCACGCUGCUGGACCUCAUGGCGCGUGGCCUGGAGCUGUGCGUCAACAGCCCCGCCGUCCUCAUCAACGUCUUCCCCUGGCUCUACUACCUGCCCUUCGGCGCCUUCGGGGAGAUCCGGCAGGUGGAGAGGGACAUCACGGUCUUCCUGAAGGAGAUCAUCGCCCGACACAGGUCCAGCUUGGACCCAGACAACCCCCGCGACCUCAUUGACAUGUACCUGGUAGAGGUGGCCCACCAACAGCAGAGUGCCGGAGCCGGCCAGACCAGCUUCUCUGAGGAUUACCUCUUCUACAUCAUUGGCGACCUCUUCAUCGCUGGAACUGACACCACCACCAACAGCAUCCUCUGGAUCCUGCUGUACAUGAGCAUAUACCCUGACAUCCAAGAGAAGGUUCAGGCAGAGAUUGAUUCGGUGGUGGGGUCAGACAGGGUCCCAUCACUGACGGACAAGGCAAGCCUGCCCUUCACAGAGGCCACCAUCAUGGAGGUCCAGAGAAUGACUGUAGUUGUUCCUUUGGCGAUACCUCACAUGGCUUCAGAGACCACAGUGUUUCGAGGGUACACUAUUCCCAAAGGCACAGUGAUUAUCCCAAACCUUUGGUCUGUGCAUCGGGACCCUACUGUGUGGGACAACCCAGAUGACUUCAAUCCAUACAGGUUCUUGGAUCAAAAUGGGCAAAUUGUGAGAAAGGAAUCCUUCAUUCCCUUUGGAAUAGGCCGCAGGUUGUGCAUGGGCGAGCAGCUGGCUAAGAUGGAGCUCUUCCUGAUGUUCUCGAACCUGAUGCAGGCCUUCUCCUUCAGGCUCCCAGACGGCAUCCCCCCUCCAGCCAUGGGCGGGCGAUUUGGUCUCACUCUGGCCCCAUGCCCGUACACUGUCCACAUCACUCCCCGCGGACACGGGCCCAGCAGGACUACAUAGUGGAGUCGUGGAUACUAGGGCUGGG